UCGAGUGUUCUUUCUUUAACGUGUUUAUAUGGGUGGAUAUGCUGUAUUCGAAAAUUUUGAAUUUUGUUCUGCCGUAUUUUUGUCAUUUUAUUUAGGUUUUCUCUACAACCAAUCGAGUCUGAAGGAAUGCAAUCUCAUUGGUUGUGGCCUGUGCUUGAAUUUAGUCGAGAAAACUGGUUAGGUGUUGUCUCUUUCAGUUUUCACCAUCGGUUCGGGUGAGAUAGUAUUUCUUCUGAACCAAGCGUGAUUUUGCCUCACUACAAAGAUGGAAUACUAAUCGAACAAUUCCCUUUGUAAUUACUAAGCAUCUGUAUAUAUACGAGGAGUCCUGAUUUUGAAGCUAUUUAUUAUGGUCUUCCAUGGAAGAAUGCCCAUUGUCGCUUCAAAACGUGGAAGCAAUGCUGCUCUAAACAUUAAAAUGGAUACAUUUGCGUGUAUUUGAAAAUCGUAUAAAGUUAUUUAGCUGAAUCUACAAGCUAAAUGCUAUUUUGUUUAAUUCAAAGGGGAUCUCCUGUUUUCUUUAAUUGUUCACUUGUCAGCAUUGGACCGGAUUGAUGAGUGAUGCAGAGGUCACGUAGAGCUAUUCUUCAAAGAAGAGCUUUGGAGAAGGCUAUAAGUGGAAGAACUAGAUUGUACAAGGUUUCUCUUUCUUUGGUGUUUGUUUUGUGGGGGCUUGUCUUCCUUUUUAGCUUAUGGAUCAGUCACGGCCAUGGUUAUAGAGAUGAACCUGCUGUAAUUCUGGCUGGCACAUCAACUUGGGAUGAAGCUAAGGUGGGAUGUAAUGACUCAGAUACUACAGAUAAUCAUCCACCAACGGAGGCUUUGUGUACAAAUGCUGCUGAAACCAGAGGGUAUGGUAGUAAAUCAGUUGCUGAUGAUGACAGCACAAAUUAUGUCUCAGUUGAAGUGAGUAGAAAUGAUGUCUCAACUGUUGGAGAGCAACCUGCAGUGGAGAACUCCCUUUCUGCUCUGAAAUCGGAAAAUGAUGCUCCAAAGAAUGAUCGUCUCUCUCACACUGUACCACUUGGUCUUGAUGAAUUCAAAAGCAGAGCCUUUAGUUCUGUAAGUAAAUCUGGAUCCGGUCAGGCUGGAAACGUAAUACACAGAGUUGAGCCUGGUGGUGCUGAGUACAAUUAUGCUUCAGCAUCAAAGGGGGCAAAGAUUUUGGCAUUUAACAAGGAAGCCAAGGGUGCCUCUAAUAUCUUAGGUAGAGAUAAGGACAAGUAUCUUCGGAAUCCCUGUUCUGUGGAUGAGAAAUUUGCCAUUAUAGAGCUUUCAGAAGAAAUCUUAGUAGAUACAAUUGAAAUAGCUAAUUUUGAGCACCACUCUUCUAAUUUGAAGGACUUUGAGUUGCUUGGCGGUUUGGUUUAUCCAACAGAUGAAUGGGUCAAACUCGGGAAUUUCACUGCUUCAAACGUUAAGCAUGCACAGAGGUUUGUUCUUCAGGAGCCAAAAUGGGUAAGAUACCUAAAGUUGAAUCUUUUGAGCCACUAUGGUUCAGAAUUCUAUUGUACAUUGAGUUUUGUUGAAGUUUAUGGUGUGGAUGCUGUUGAAAGAAUGCUGGAAGAUUUGAUAUCUGCUCAAGAUAAAAAAUUGUAUGUGACUGAGGAAGGAACUGGUGACAAAAAGGAACUACCCUCCCAGCCAGAGCCCACAGAGAGUGUUGACCUUGAUCAAGAUAUCACAGAAACUGAAAUUACUUCUGCACAUGAAACUGUAAAAACGAACGGGCCUGAUCCAGUAGAAGAGAUGCGUCACCAACAAGUUGGCAGGAUGCCGGGGGAUACGGUUCUCAAGAUAUUGAUGCAGAAAGUGCAUUCACUGGAUUUAAAUUUAUCAGUUUUGGAGCAGUUUUUGGAGGAAUUGGUUUCCAGAUAUGGCAAUAUUUUCAAAGAUAUCAAGGAAGAUAUAGGAGAGAAAGAUGUAAUUUUAGAAAGGAUCAGAGAGGACAUACGGAAUCUUCUUGAAAAUCAGGAAGUCAUUGCUAAAGAUGUUGAUGAUUUUAUUUCUUGGAGGUCCCUUGUUUCAUUGCAAUUGGAUAAUUUACUCAGGGACAAUGCUGUUCUCAGAUCUCAGGUUGAUGAGGUCAAGGAGAAUCAGUUUUCAAUGGAGAAUAAGGGUAUUGUGAUAUUUGUUGUAUGUUUAAUUUUUUCAGUUCUAGCUCUUGUGAGACUAUUUCUAGAUCUGGCGGUAAGUGUUUAUAUGGCAUUGAGUGUUCAUAGAACAAAUGAGUCCGGGAAAUUUUGUUGGAUGAACUCGCCCUGGCUGUUCUUGCUAUUGAGCUGUAGCACUAUUAUCUUCAUACUAUCAAUAUAAAACACAUCUUUGAGUUACCCAGUGAAUGAUUUUUAUUUAUUGCC